CUGUGUUGCUUAAAAGAGAGGCUGGAGAGCUGAAGGACAUGCUGAAGGAACUCCAUCUCUCCCUGUCACUGGUCCUGGUGUUUGCCUGUGGCCUGUUAUACCAGCUCACCCUGAGGUCUCACUGCUUCUUUGCUGGCCUGCCUCUAUUCACAUCUCCACAGGGGCCAGAAGACCUCUUGAGAAAUGGACGAAGCAUCGUGUUCAUAGAGACUUCUGAAAGAGUGGAGCCACCUCCACUGGUCACCUGUGCUGUGGAGUCUGCUGCCAAAAUCUACCCAGAGCAGCCGGUCAUCUUCUUUAUGAAAUGGCUCAGCAAUGCCACACAGCUGACUUCAAACGUCAGCUCCCCAGCCUUCUCCCUGCUCUCGGCCAUAGACAAUGUUUUCUUUGUCCCUUUGGACAUGAAAAAGCUGUUUGAAGACACACCUUUGUUUUCAUGGUACACCAAAGUCAACAGCAGUACUGAGAAAUACUGGCUCCAUGUCAGCUCAGAUGCAUCCCGACUGGCUAUCAUCUGGAAAUAUGGUGGCAUCUACAUGGAUACCGAUGUCAUCUCCAUCAGGCCCAUCCCUGAGGAGAACUUCCUGGCAGCUGAGGGUUCCCGGCACUCUAGUAAUGGGGUAUUUGGGUUCCUCCCCCACCACCCCUUCCUGUGGGCUUGCAUGGAGAACUUCGUUGAGCAUUACAACUCAGGCAUCUGGGGCAACCAAGGGCCUCAUCUGAUGACAAGGAUGUUAAAGGUGUGGUGCAGACUUCAAGACUUCCAAGAGCUGAGUGACCUCAAGUGUCUGAAUAUUUCCUUCCUUCACCCCCAGAGGUUUUAUCCUAUCCCCUAUCCACAGUGGAGGCGCUACUACCAAGUGUGGGACACAGAGCCGAGCUUCAAUAACUCUUAUGCGCUGCAUUUGUGGAACUACAUGAACAAAGAAGGCAGGACUGUGGUUAGAGGAAGCAACACCCUGGUGGAAAAUCUCUACCGAAAGCACUGUCCUAAAACUUACAAGGUUCUGAUUCAAGGUGUAGAAGGGACAGUGUCCAGGGAGCCAGGUACAGGUAACAGAUAG